AUGGAUUACGAUUCCGAUUCGGAGCUUCGAUUAACAGAUACUCUUCGCAUUGAUUCAGAUUCGGAAGAUGAUAUUCCGGCAAAAAAUAAGGACAUAGUUUCCGAAGAAAACUAUAUUGCGGAACAUGAAUUAACAACGAACAACGAGGCUCAAAAAGGCAAAGAUUUGGUACAUAACGACAACAAAUCGGAGUCGCAAAAUGAUACAAACAUUGCCAUAUCUCCAAAAUUCGUUCGUAAAACGAAAUUAUCAAAUAUCAUAGAUAGUGACUCUGAAGACGAGCAAAUUUCAUUACCACAGAAAGCGCAGCUUGAAAGUGACCCAGUUGCAUAUGCGACUACCGUGAAUCGACUAAAGAAUUUGUUGGAUUCGGACUCGGAUAGUUCAAGUGAGGAUCAACAUGCUAGAAAGAACCAGAAAUCCAAAAAAAUCACGAAAAAAAAGUCUAAAAAAGAAUCUGUUGUAUUGGAUAAAGUAACGGAAUCCGAUAACAAAAAAUAUAAUAAAAAUGAACCUGCUGUACAACAAAAAUCAAAUCGUAAACAUAAAAACGCUUCCAAGAACGUAAAACCACCACCCAUGGAAAUCAAAUCAGCGCGGGAAAUACUGGCCAGCCUCAAUCUAUUUUUCGAUGACGACGAAGAAAAGUCGAAUAGUCCAUUGAAAAUUAAAGCCGAUAAGGCUGCCUAUUCCUCAUCUGAUGACGAAUGUAAUGAAGCCUAUCCACGGAGGCGGAUUCGCAAUGGAAAAAUACCGUUGACAAGCAAACAGGCAACGAAAGACAAACAGGUGAUUCAAAGUGAAUCACAGCGCAUGGCUCGGGAAAUGUACAUAGAUGUUCCGUAUCAUCGUACAAAAGCAUUCUCUUUUAAACAAUUCCAUGCUAGAAAAACAAUAUGUAAACCGGAUCCCAAGCGUGAUUGCGUCGGAAAAUCUGCUUCUAUGAGCAUGUCGAUUAAGAUGAAUCGUGAAGAGCUGGAGGUUUUUGAGAGGCAAUUAAAAGAACGAGAGCUAGAAUCGCAAAUAUUUUUCAAAUCAGAAAGUGAGUCGGAAGUGAGUGAAAGCGAACCCAGUAAAAAAGAUGCUGAUACGAAGCAAUGUGAGCCAAUGGAUGAAUCGAUGCCAUUCUGCAAGGAACCUGUUUCCCAAUCAAUUGAUGAAUCUGAGAAUGUUGCGUCAGAACCAUCGAAGGAUUUCAGCUCGUCUGGUGAAAUUCCUCUAGGAACAGAUCCAUCCAACACACCGAGUAAUGUCAAUUCUUUAGAUGAAAUGGAGCAUGACACUACAGUUAAUAUGGAAAAUAUUACAUCUACUUCAAAAGGUGAUGAAACAUCAAAGUCGGAAUUUACUGACACUAUAAUAAAUUACGAUCUGAUUUCGCAAGAUUCGCGAGGCUCAACGGUAUCAGCAAAAAAAGCUGCACUAUUAGCGAAACUAAAUGUUCCGCUAUGUCCAAAACUGAGUGGAAACCCAGACGUCAUGAUUGAUUUAGAAAGCGGAACACUUCAACCUAAGGAGUCGGGGCUAUCCGGAGUUGAUAUACUUUUUCACAGACUUGCAAAGUGCAGUGCACCGAAAGUUACCUCUUCUAUUAAGCCCCUGAGCAUUUUGAGCAUUGAUGACGGUGUCGUGAAAUUCAACACAGUUUCUCUCUUUAGUGAUGAGGAACGACCAGUUACUCAAAAAGACCCAACUCCCGGUGCUGCUUUUAUAGCGCUUAAAAAAGCUCUGAAAGAAAAGAUAGAUAACAACCGUCGAGAGUCCAUUAGGAAACGAGAAGCAGAAUUUAUCAAAAAACAGGAAAUAGAAAAAGCUGCAAAUGGCAAUGAAUCGGAUAACGAAGAGGAAGAACUGACGGAAGACGAUUGUUCUGAAUCAGAAACUGAACAAAACGAAGAAAAUUGCGCUGCUGGACAGUUGGACAGAUUCUUAAACGUAGAAGCUAUACAAAAAGAAAAUUCGGAAGAUGAAAAUGUGAUGGAAGAUGAAUAUUUGGAAAGAAGCGAUAGCUCAGCUUCGGAGGAAGAGACUGAACUAGAAAUUGAUAAACGGGAAAAAAAGAAGGGAAGAAUUAUCAAAGCUUUUGAGGAUUCGGAUGAUGAUGUUAUACUUGAAAAUGAUAACCCUUCUGAAAACCCCGAGGAUACUAAGUUACUGGACGUUCAUAUUUUUACAGAUCAAAAUCAGUCUAUCAAACCCAACUCAAGCAACGAGAACAACGAAGAAAACAAUAUCCCGAUCUGGAAAGCAGAUGCCAGCGACAGCCAUGAAGAAAUGAAAGAUGAUGAUCUAAUGGCACUGUGUUCAGGGCGAUUUGACACGCAGCUUGAAGGACAAAAUUCGCGAACUGAGAUGCAAAAUACGCUUACUAGAAACCAAUGUAAUGGAGAUCCUCUUUACACGCAAGGUGAAGAUCUCUUGGGAGAUUCACAGCUGAUGAACCUCUGUUCUGGUAACUUUGAAACUCAAAGUGAGCUUAAUGAACGAGAAGACACAAACCUAACUGACGGUGCAAAAACAAAGCAUUGUGAUGAAGCUAUUGGAUUAGAAGAGAGUGAUGGAGGCUUAGGUGGAAGACUUCGUCUUGAUUCAAGUGAUGAUGAAACUGAACCUGGUGACAAGAAUACAAAGGCUAAAUGUAAAAAUCGCAAACGUAAAUUACUAAGCGUCUCUGAUGAUGAAAAUGAUAACGAUUCGAAUGCAAAGUCAAAUGAUGAAGAAGAGGAUUCCGAUAUUGAAGAAAACCUCGAGAAAAAUGAAGUAAGUGAAGAUGAGCCUGAAAAUGAAAAUGAACGAUAUGUGGAUUAUGACUCAGAAGAAAACGAAGUUGAAAUUACGCUGACAAAAAAGGAAAAGCAACGGAUCGGUGCGAAAUUCGUGGAAAAUGAAGCUGAGCUCUCCGAGUCGGAUUGGGGUAGCGCUGAUGAAGAUGAAAAGGGUCUGGAUCGAUACGAUAUCGAGGUGGGAGAUGAGGAACAAUACGACCAAAAGCAGCUGCAACAGGAAUUGGAAAAAAUACAUAAUCGUCAAAUGCUGGAUCGUGACCACCGUGAGUUGGAGCAAUUAAAAGAAAUUUUCCUUGAGGACGAAGAAAAUGACGGAUUUGGUCGGGAAAGGCAAUUUCGUUGGAAAAAUGUUGAAAAAACCUUUAGCUUGGAUUACGAUAAGCGCACGAAUGAUGCAAAUUUAACUGAAAACAAUGGAGAGGGAAGUGAUGAAGAAACAGAAUUACAAUGGCGGAAAAUGAGACAUGAGCGAAAUUUGUUACUAAAGGAAAAAAAUGUUGAUCUUAAUGCAGCAGACCUAACUGCAACAACACUGUUGAACCCGAUGGAACCCACAUGCAUGAGUGAAGGACCAGAAAAUAAUACAUCUUCCAUCAACAAUACCAGCUUAACUGGAAAGAAAAAAAUUACAAUUGUUAAAAAAACCAACACAACAACUUCAGCUGCAAAGAAGGAAAAUCCUUUCUUGAUUCCAAGCCCUUCUGUUGUACAGAGUCACAAGGCAUCAUUUCUAUCGCGUGAUCAAGAAACGCUUAACAGAUUGGCCAAUUUGGUAAAAUCUAACCCUGAAACCGAAGGAAGCAACACGGUUUUAGCAGCAAAGGCGCGUAAUUUUGUUUUCACAACUCUCAGCCCAGCAGUUCAAAAGGUUUCCUCCAAACGUUCUCUAGACCCAGAAAAUGAUGAGGAGAAUUCAAACACAAAAAAAGCAAAAACAUCCAAAAAGGAAUCAAAUAGUUCCCGAAAAUUGAUGCUUGAUACCCUGGUGUAA